AUGACUGGUGGAUCGCGAGAUAAUCGUGUAACUUCUAUAGAUUUUAAAUCUUUCAAAAUGGAGUUCACAUCUGUUACUGCCAACAACAACAAUAUUAAUAACGAAAGCAAAAAUACUUUUCAAUUUCUUGCUUCUAGUCCUCCAAAGCAAACUAAAACACAUCCACCACCCUCGACUGUUAUUCAUAAAGCUAAUUAUAAACAUAACCCUUUAAAGUCACCAGUAGAAUUACGACAAAAACGUAUAGAACUUGACGUACAACUUCGUAGGAAACAUCAACCAGAAUUUGAUUUGAGUCCAAAAGAUAUUGAAAAAUUGAAAUCAGGUUUAAAUGGAAUAAGUCGUAAUAUUCGUCUCUCUAACCUUAAGCAAUUAAGCAAAUAUCUUGUGGAUCCUUCAGAAAAUUUAAAAGAUAAUGACGAUAAUGAUGAUGGUAAUUGA